AUGGUGGAUGUGGAGGAGGUUGGGAGCAAGAUGCAAUCGCAGAUGUGCCUGCACGCUGAGCCAGAGGAUGACGCCGCUGACCUCCCCCUGCUGGUCCUCUUCGACAGGGCAUCACGGCUCCACGCCUUGGCCUCCAGCUCCGCCCUCGACCAGUUUGAUCUACCGCUGCUAGAUUACAAGAUGAGAUUUGCACUAUGGCAAGUCAAGAUGCGGGCGAUUCUGGCACAAUCUUUGGAUCUUGAUGAGGCUCUGGACGGCUUCGGAGGAAAAGGGCAGAAGUCAUGGACUGCUGAAGAGAAGCGAAAGGAUCAUACCAUACUAUUAAGCCGUGAUGAACUAACCCUUGCGGAAGUAUAUGAGGCCCUCCAGACAAGGGAGAAGAUGAAAGGUAUGGUUCAGUCUGAUGUGUCGUCCUCCAAGGGUGAAGUGUUGCAGAGUGGAGAUGUCGUGCGUAUGGGAGAUAACAACCCACAUGAGAUCAUGGGCAUUGGCUCCAUUCAGAUCAAGAUGCAUGAUGGCAUGAUACGCACACUGAAAGAUAUGAGACAUAUACCAGGGAUGGACAGAAAUCUCAUCUCCCUCAGCACACUUGAUGCCGAGGGGUACAGACACUCUGGUUUAGGUGGAGUGUGCAAGGUAUCAAAAGGCUCUCUUAUUCAUAUGAUAGGUGAUAUGAAUUCUACAAAGUUAUAUGUUCUUAGAGGAAGUACUUUACAUGGUUCUGUCACUGCUGCUACUGUUUCUAAUGAUGAACCAAAUAAAACUAAUCUCUGCCAUAUGCGUCUUGGGCAUAUGAGUGAACUUGGUAUGGCAGAAUUGAUCAAGAGAGACCUGCUAGAUGGCUGCACUGUAGGUAAGAUAAAGUUCUAUGAGCACUCUGUUUUUGGUAAGCACAAGAGGGUAAAAUUCAAUGUAUCUGUUCAUACCACCAAAGAGUGGAAAGUUAUGAUAGAAAGGCAAACUGAAAAGAAGUUGAGAGUUUUCGGUUGCACUGCUUAUGCUCAUGUUGAUAAUGGAAAGCUAGAACCUAGAGCCAUUAAGUGUCUGUUUCUUGGUUAUGGUUAUGGAGUUAAAGGAUAUAAGUUAUGGAAUCCUAAAACUAAAAAGACAUUCAUGAGCAGGAACGUUGUUUUCAAUGAUUCUGUUAUGUUUAAUGAUAGCUUGUCCACAGAUGUUUCACCAGUUGGUUCUGAUGAGGAGCAGGAACAUGUUAGCGUGCAGGUGGAGCACGUAGAUGAUCAGGAAACUAAAAUUGUUGAUAACAAUGUUCAUGAUAUUGUUCAGCACUCACCUCCUGUUUUGCAGCCUCAAAAUCAGUCUAUUGCAGAUCGUAGAACAAAGAGGAGUUGUAGACCUCGUCCACGUUUAAUUGAGGAAUGUGAUAUUGUUCAUUAUGCCUUUAGUUGUGCUGAACAAGUUGAGAACAUUCAUGAGCCGGCUACGUACACUGAAGUUGUUGUUUCUGGUGACCGUGAGAAGUGGAUUGCCGCUAUGCAAGAAGAGAUGCAGUCACUUGAGAAAAAUGACACAUGGGAUGUUGUGUGCUUGCCUAAACACAAAAAGGUCAUUCAUUGCAAAUGGAUCUUUAAAAGAAAGGAGGGUUUGUCUCCUACUUUACAAUGUGCUAGUACGGAUGAGGAUUUUGAGUACAUGUCAAGAGUUCCAUAUUCUAGUGUUGUUGGUUCUUUGAUGUAUGCCAUGGUUUGCUUUUGUCCUGAUUUAUCAUAUGUUAUGACUUUGGUUAGUAGAUAUAUGGCUAAUCCUGAUAAAGAACAUUGGAAGGUUGUUCAGUGGAUUUUCAGGUACCUUCGUGGCACAACAAAUGUUUAUUUAAAGUUUGGCAGGACUGAUAAGGGACUCACUGGCUAUGUGGAUUCAGAUUUUGCUACUGAUUUGGAUAAGAGGAGAUCUCUCACAGGUUAUGUGUUCACUAUUGGUGGUUGUGCUUGA